AUGCCAACUGAAGGGGACGUAAACGCCGCUAGCACCACCAACAUUCCUCCGGAUGGUGGAAAGAAGUCCCAAAAGGGAAAGAAACACCAAAAGAGUCCUGAGGAAAUGCUGCUGGAUCCUACACCAAGCGAGGCGCUAACAUCUCAUCCACCCUCAACCACCGAGGCCAGUGACGAUGAACACGGCGAGGGGGCCAUCGACGUCACUGCAGGAGAAGAGUGGGUCUCAAGGGUUGAAGUGUCCAGGCAGGCCGUGGAGAUAUUAGGCCGACGCAUGAACGUGGCUGAUGGCAAAUUCAAGACUCUUAAAGACUUCACCCUUGAGGAGACCGAAAACAUCCACAAGGAGUUGGAAGGACGCCAGCGGGCCGAGUUCGAGAUGAAGGAGGCCAUCACCUCCUUGGAGUGUCGGCUCAUGGAGGCAUUGAACACAAUUGAAACCAUGAAGGCUGAAAUGAGGACACUCAAGGAAGGCAUGGAAGCUGGAGGAUCUGCAUCACCCCACCGUGAUAGGGAAGCCAGGGUCGAGGCUCCUAAGCCACCCAUGUUUAAAGGCAUCCGCGAUGCUCAAGAGGUGGAGAAUUUCUUGUGGCACUUGGAGAAUUACUUCAAGUGUAGCCGAGUGAAGAGUGAUGAGACCAAGAUCAACAUUGUCGUGUUGUAUUUUUCAGAGAUGAUCAUGCUGUGGUGGAGGCGCAAAGAAGCCGAGAUAAGGAAGGGGACGUGCACCAUCAACACGUUGGAGCAAUUUCGCGAAGAAUUCAAGAAAGCCUUCUUUCCUAAUAACGUCAUAUACGAGGUUAAGCGCAAGUUCCGGGAGCUGAAGCAAACAGAAAGCAUUCGGGCGUACGUGAAAGAGUUCACAACUCUAACGCUUCAGAUUCCCAACCUCACGGACGAAGACAUGUUGUUCCACUUCAUGGACGGGUUACAGAAUUGGGCCAAGACGGAGUUGGAGCGGCGACAGGUCAAGACCAUAGAUGAAGCCAUCACCCAGGCCGAGUCUUUGACAGAUUUCAAACAUGAUCAGCAUGACAAGGCAAAGGGCAAGGAUGCAAGGAGCAGUCAUGCCAAAGGUGGGGGAGACCGUGGCCGAGGCAAGGAGCAGCAGGCACACCCCAAGCAGCACAACCCCCACAAGCCGGACAACAGACGAUUCGUGCGCCAGAACUACACGGAGAAGAAGGCGCAGACCACUAAGGGAGAUGGUUGCUACAUAUGCGAAGGACCACACGGCUAUGCCAGGUGCCCGGAGAUGAAGAACCUUGGUGUCAUCCUACGCGAACGAAAGGAGAAGGACGCACAGGAGCAAGGGCAAGACGCAGGCACGACGCAGUUGGGCAUGGUUGGACUAUGCAGGGCGAUAGCCAAGCAGACAGAGAAGCCAGGAGACUUCAGCACACAGUAUGUAGACAUCUCCAUUAAUGGACGUACAGCUCGUGCCAUGGUGGACACCGGGGCAGAAGCAAACAUCAUGACCAAGACGGCGACAGAGAGGUUAGGGCUGAACUAUGUUCCAAGCAACACCCGCCUCAAGACGGUCAAUGCACCACCGACCCCCGUGUGCGGAAUCACCCAAGGAGUGAGCAUCACGUUGGGAAGUUGGCAAGGUAAGACAAAAUUUACCGUCGCUCCUUUGGAUAUCUUUGACAUUAUUCUUGGGCAAGAGUUCUUCCAGUGGUGCCACACGAUGAUUGACCCCCAACUCCAACGACUCAUGGUCCUGGAGCGGGAAGGGUCAUGCAUGGUACCUCUAGUCAAGGUACCAAAGAAGGAAGAACACGCCCUCCUAUCGGCCAUGCAGAUCAUGAAAGGCCUGAAGAAAGGAGAGUCGACGUUCUUAGCUAUCAUUGCAAGUUCGAGAGAAGACAAUGGUGCUAGGGAAUCCUUGCCACCGAUCGUAGAGAAGGUCCUUGAAGAAAACAAGGAUGUGAUGCCAGCCGAGCUGCCAAAGAUCCUACCUCCAAGGCGCGAGAUAUAUCACAAGAUAGAGCUGGAAGUUGGAGCCAAGCCACCCGCACAUGCCCCUUACCGCAUGGCUCCACCCGAACUGGAGGAGCUAAUGAAGCAGUUGAAGGAGCUCCUCGAGGCCGGACACAUCCAUCCAUCCAAGGCACCUUAUGGCGCGCCGGUAUUAUUCCAAAAGAAGAAGGAUGGAUCCUUGCGCUUAUGCAUCGACUAUCGGGCGCUUAAUAAGGUAACAAUUAAGAACAAAUAUCCUAUCCCGCUUAUUGCAGAUUUAUUUGACAGACUUGGACAAGCGAAGUACUUCACGAAGGUGGACCUCCAAAAAGGUUACUACCAAGUACGCAUCGCAGAGGGGGACGAGCCGAAGACAGCGUGCGUUACCAGAUAUGAAGCAUACGAGUGGUUGGUGAUGCCUUUUGGCCUAACCAACGCACCCGCCACGUUCUGCACGCUGAUGAACAAGAUCUUUCACCCCUACCUGGAUCAGUUCGUGGUGGUGUACUUGGACGACAUAGUCAUCUACAGCAACACCUUGGAGGAGCACGUAGAGCAUCUAAGGAAAGUCUUACGAGAAAACCAGCUUUAUAUUAAGCGGGAGAAAUGCGAGUUUGCCCAACAUGAAGUGCAUUUCUUAGGUCGUAUCAUUAGCCAGGGCGAACUACGGAUGGACGAGGCCAAAGUUUAUAAGGGGAUAUCUGCAAAGGCCGCUCCGCUGACCGAGUUAUUGAAGAAAAAUAAGCCAUGGGUUUGGAGCGCGGAGUGCCAACAAGCCUUCGAAGGUCUCAAGGCCGCGAUAACAGAAAAACCGGUCUUGACACUGCCCGACUUUUCGAAGACCUUCGAAGUACACACAAAUGCCUCAGACUUUGCCAUUGGGGGAGUUUUAAUGGAAGAAAAACACCCAAUAGCAUUCGAAAGCCGCAAGCUGAACGAGACCGAACGGCGCUAUACGGUGAAGGAAAAAGAAAUGACGGCCAUAGUACAUUGCCUGCAUACGUGGAGACACUACUUGUUAGGCUCCAAGUUUGUGGUCAAGACGGACAACGUAGCCACUAGCUACUUUCAAUCACAGAAAAAGAUCACCCCAAAACAAGCUAGGUGGCAAGACUUUCUAGCCGAGUUCGACUACGCCUUGGAGUAUAAAUCGGGAAGAGGCAAUGUUGUGGCCGAUGCGCUAAGCAGAAAAGCCGAACUUGGUGCCAUCACGACAGCCCAUUGCGAUAUUCAAGAUGCAAUCAGAGAUGGCAUGCAACAUGAUCCUGAGGCCAAGAAGCUGAUGGAGCUAGCCGCCCAAGGCAAGACUAGGCGCUUUUGGGUAGAGGAUGGCCUCUUGCUCACGACCGGUCGAAGGGUCUACGUGCCGAGAUUCGGGACUAUCAGGCGGUGA